AUGGAUACCAGCUACUUGGCCCAGCAGGUCAAUAGCAGCAUUGGUCAGCUGCACAGCCUGUUUGACGAGAUUGGCGUCCCUACGCAUGAGCGUCAGGCUCGCGAGUCCGAGGUAGGCCUCCUUGCCAGCAAGGCAGCCGGCGCGUUUCUCUUCUCGGCUCUCUCCGAGGCCCUCAACAACCAAGUCCGCCUCGUCAAUACCGAAAAGAAGGAACUGAUUGACGAAGCAAAGACCAUCAUCACGCGAAUUCGCGAGAUGGAGGCGUCGCUCGACGACUCCAAGAGUCGGCGAGACUAUGACACUGACGAGAUUACAAUAACAUACCCCCUCAACCUUUGCCUGCAAAAUCUCAAAGAAAAGCAAAUGGACAUUGCUCGCUUGCAUAGAGAGCGCUUUGAGCAAGUAAAGACACUCGAGUCGUACUCGUCGCAUCUUGACCCUACCUUUGUUCAGAUUGCACUACCACCCACAGGCCCAAACCAGUCUAUUCCGACCAACUUUGACCUCUCACCUUCCUAUGUUGACCGUCUAGAUCGCGAGUUCACCCGUGUCUACGACGAAUACACCCGUCGCAUCACAACGGUCCAGUCGCUGGCCGACUCCAUUAUCAAGCUAUGGGUCGAGCUCGGCACCCCUCAAGCCCAACAAGAGGGCGCCGUUGUCAAAUACUACCGUGAGGCACCUGAGCAGCUGGGACUCCACACAGAAGAUAUCAAGCGUCUGCAGUCCAAAAAGGAUCGCCUGGCUGAUGAGAAGAAGAACCGCGAAAAGAAAUUGCGCGAUCUCAAGGCGGCGGUCGAGGCGCUCUGGAUGAAACUUGGCAUCGACGAAGCCGAGACUAGAGCCUUUGGCAACGCCAACCGCGGUUGCGGUCUGCGCCAGAUCAAUGAGUUCGAGGACGAGCUGGCUCGACUGAACGAAAUGAAACGCCAAAAUCUGCAUCUGUUUGUCGAAGACUCGCGCGUCCAAUUACAAGCGCUGUGGGACGCCCUGUACUUUUCGGAAGACGAGAUGCUCGAAUUCACGCCCGCCUUUUCUGAUGUCUACAGCGACGCCCUUCUCGAGGCGCAUGAGCGCGAGGUUGCCAGAUUGGAGGCUCUCAAGGAGCAACGCGCCCCCGUGCUAGCCCUGGUGGACCGCCACAAGUGUUUGAUCAAGGAGCGCGACGAACUCGCUAGCUCCAGCCAGGAUGCCUCGCGACUCAUGCUGCGCGGACAAAAGGGCGAGAAGCGGGACCCUGGCAAGCUCUUGCGCGAGGAAAAGAUGAGGAAGCGCAUUGCCAAGGAGCUUCCCAAGGUCGCUGCCGAAGUGAUGAGGGUUUUGGAGCGGUGGGAGGAUGAAUACGGACGCCCCUUUCUCGUGUUUGGCGAGAGAUAUCUGGACGAGUGUGACGACGAAGGUUCAAAGAAGGCCGUGCCGGCAACCCGAUCCAAGACGCCGGCCGGCGCACCACCGUCUGCUGUCAAGAUGCCCAAAUCUGGGCACAAGGGCAACAUUGCCAAGUCGGUACCGCCUCGGACAAUGACCAAGACCCCCACAGCCACGGGGCCUAGGAACGCUCCGACAACAACACAGUCUACUAUAGCCAGAAAUGCCAGUCCGACCCGUAACGGCCGGACUAGCCCGUCGCGAAUCCCUGCGCGCGCACCACUUUCUAACAUGAAGCACGGCAACAACUCGCCCGAGAGACCGCGGCCAGAGUCCCGGGGGGAGAUGUUGCGCAACGGCGCGCCGAUGAGAGCACCACCUCCUAAGAUGCGUGAUCUCAAGUCUGUGCCGGAGCUGCAAACGCCGUUGAACCCCUACAAGGGCACGGGCCUGGGGACGACGAUUGUCCGCACGAUGCAGCCCGAGGACGUGUACGACGACAGACGACCGAUGUCCAGAGGCGGGCGGUACAACUCGCAGGACUCGCAGGAGCGCUCCGACUAUGGCGAUGACCGAUACGCCACCAUAAGAGCUGGGCAGUAUGGCUAUACGCCCGAGGGACCGCCGCGGCAAAUCUCGAGCACCUCCUCGACGGCCAUUUCUGGGUCUGAGAAUUGGGAAACGUACGACGAUAACAGCGAGCCGGAACCCGAUGCCUCGGACGCUUACUACGCCAAGCUACGCGCGGCGCGGUGUAAGCGCCAAGAGCCCGAGUACGACCACGGUGCGGCGACGGUGCAGCCGAAGCGACUGCGCGGCAUCCCGCCGCCGAUUGGCUAUACCGGCCCGGUGAUGAUUGAUGAAGACGGGAACCGCAUCGUAUCUGGGAGUGAAUGGGGCGACUCUGAAGUAUUUUGA